UUGUGUAAAUGAUCCCGAAUGACGCAAGUGCAAGUGAUGGACGAGUAGAAGUUCAGUGGGGGAGGUGACAUCCCCUUUGUUGUCAAAGCGCUUUGCCGAGCUGCAGGACGCAGCUUAUCUGAUGAUAUAAACGAUGGGUGGAGUGCAGAGUGGAACGCACAAUUUGGGUGAUGCAUUGUGGCUUCAAGAAAGACAAAAGCAAAAAGGUGUUCGAGACAGCAAUGGCUCGCAGGACCGUCGUAAACUGUUAAAGCGAACGCGUAGCUUGGCAGUGAUAAGCGAGGACGACUGUCGUACGGCAAACGGCAGCCGUGGUAGCAGCUGCGAGGCGCUUCGUUUAGGUUCAUCUUGUGGCUCGUCCAACUUGCCUUUCGACUCAUCCUCGUUGCAACAUCGCAGACAUCAACUAAUACCUCGAGCUAAGCUCAUUGAUCGCAAUUCUCUCAAAGACAGACUAUCGAAGAGCCAACAGCAUCUGUACGACUGUUACGAGCGUCUGAACGACACGACAUCAGCUCCAGCACCACCACCGUCACGAUCACGUCAGAGCCGAUCAGUUUGUGGCCUCUACAAUUCUCUACCACCACCGCACACCAAUUUAGCUGAGUCUCAUCUGCCUUAUACGCGUGUUGCCGCGACCUACAGACCUUCCACUGCUGCUGAACCACCCGAUAGACUUAAUAUUCUCAAGUGGCCUGAAUCACCAAGGCGUUAUCGUAGCGUGCAGGAUCUCAAUAGCGUUAGUGGACUGGUCGAUAUUGUCGAGGAUCACUAUUGGCCUAUUGAGGAAAAUCGUAGCGUCGACUGCAUUUAUACGCAAGUAAAACGUAAACGUAAAGAGCAUCGCAGCCUCGAUAGUAUAUUAUUCGAGGACGAUAGUGAUGAGCUUGAAUAUUUCGACAUUUUGAAUCUACUUCCAUUAUCGAAUGUACGACUGGAGAUUAAUGAAUCAGAUGCGACAAAUAGUCAUUCGAUCCUAGAAAGAAACUGUAAGCAGCAGCCUCUACCGAAUCGACCGCCGUCUGCUAAAUUAAAUCCUGCCGUUGUAUCCGUAUCAACAAAGAAAAACUUUCUCGAAUCUGAGAUAUGCCCCAAGCAUUACCCUACCGCUCGAAUUACGGAAAUCGUCGAAGAGAAUAAAGAACCCGGAAUUACUUCUUUUCCGGAGAUCGCGCGAGAGAAGAGUCGUUUAGAGAAUACUUUUUAUGCUUACGACGGGAUCUCUGAUUCAUCGAAAAUCACGACGAAAGCAGUCGUCGAAUCUUGUCAUUCGGAGAUAAAGGAUCUAGAGAAAUAUUGUGAGUUAAAUCAAGAUAAAAAAGAGCCUUGUUCAGUAGAGUAUCUAAAUAAACCGAAAGUCGAAGAAACCGAGGAUACAAAGUCAUUGUGGAUAUCUGAUAACGAAGAAGUUGAAGAAAUGUCGCGAAGACCGCAGAUACUCAAAGUCAUUGACAAUGACAUCACCAAAUCAAAGAAAAAGUCUAUUAGCAAAGAAGUAAAAUCUGCCGACGAUGAAAUAACUCAGGCUGAAAACAUGUCAGAAAAUACAACGAACUUCAGAACAUUAAACAAACCAGAUAUCAUAAACGAUCACAUACACGAGUCUCCAAGUAACUUUGAGCCGGAAAAGGAAAAAGACCGGAUAAGUGUAGAGAAUGCAAGAAGUUUCUUUGAAAAGAAAAAUGCAGAUACAGAAACAAAUCGUGGGGAAGGUAGACUUGAGAGGAUUGUGAAAGAAACUUCGAAUAUUCUUGGGAAAGCUUGUCAUGCUGUGAAAGGUAGCUUGGGUUUCGAAGCGAGAUCCGAUAGUUCUGAUCUAGGACUAGGAUCAGAGAUUGGCAGUGAUGUAAGAAGAUUAUCCGUCGAUGAGAACAUAAAUACAAAUGAAGAACGAAACAAAGAGCAAAAACAUAAUAAACAAGAUAAGAUACAUCAAAACUUUGAUGAAAUUGAUGACAACAAUCAAAAGAAUAGUACAAAUUUGAUUAGAUCUCGGAGUUGUAUUGAUUCUAUGGAAUGUCAAAAUUCUGAUGAACCGGAGUUCGAUCAUGUACGUUAUAAGAUUGUUAAGUCAAACAUGUUCGGUAAAAGCAUGUACAAUACUGCUAAAAAGGAUGUUCCCUACGAUGGGUUGAUGCAGUACCUACGCGAAUAUUCCUUUCAGGACUUACUAAAUGAUAAUAAUGUUGUUAUCAUCGAACCAGUAAGAGCAGAAAUUGAACGCAAACCUUCAUUCAAUAAUUCGACGUUGAAGACUGCUCCAAGCUUCAAUGUUGAGAAAAUAAAAAUCUCAGAUUUGAAGAAUUCCGAAGAGGCAGGUGACAGUAAAAUAAAAAAUCACUUUUCGAAAGCACCACGGCAAUCUUCACUUCGCAAACAUUUCUUUUACCAACCGAUACAAGUUAAUAGAGAGCUUAAUGAUGAGGAACUGCCAGAUCCGGAUACUGUUAGGAAUGUACGAAGAAUGUUUGAAGAAACCUCGAAUGGUAAAUUGAAUAGAGACAACGGCACGAGGAAAUGCGUCAGUAUGAAGGAUCUGAGAACCAUAGAAGGCCAGUCAGAAGCACCAAGGUCAAGAUGUUCCAGUCGAGCAAAGGAUCUGAAGAUCAUGUUUGAGAAUCUGGAAAAAUCCUCCAACCCCUCUCUAACCAAAGACGGCACAAAUAGUUCGAAGCACGAGUCUAAAACUAAGCUGAUCGCACAAUCUUUCGAAGCAAGAAGUGGAUUCACAUCGCCAAGUAAUUCCAAUUCUUCUAAAACUAGAGUCAACAGAUAUUAUCAGCGUCAACUGCCUAAUUGGGAUGCUGGUAGCGUUAGUUCAGGAGUCUCAAGCGAUUAUCCAGACACCGAUGCUGGCAGCGCGCCACACUGUACAUCUUCUGAAGAUGAGGAUUUGUAUUAUAACGACGAUGACGGCGUUGAUGAGCGAUAUGAAGGUCACUAUGUAUCGCAGGAUGUACUAAAAAAAAUUAGGGAAUAUGGGACUUCCGUUACUUAUUAUGGCGGCAAAGUUGUCAAUACCUCCAAUGGACCACUGAUAUGUCCAAUGGUAUGCAAAAAUUCCAAAAAGAAAACGUUGGAUUAUAUUAAAUUUCGUUUAGUGAAAAGCAAUUCUUGCGAUAGCAGAUUAGAACUUACUGGUCGAGUGAUAGAACAUCGAAACAAGUUUGAGAACGCUGGUCAACGAGGCAAGCUUUUCGAUUUGAGACAGUUUACGAUUGAUGAAACACCAAGUAUUGAAAUAACUUCGAUCGAGACGAUAAACAAUACAGAAAAAGACGAGGACAAGGUUGAAGUCAAAGACGAAAAACGAGAGCCACCGGUAGUCAUUGGACUAGAGCCCAAAAAGGAUGAGAAUAAAAGUUUCAAGGUAGAAUUUAAGUUAGGCAAGUUAGAAGAUGGCACUUCGAUUAAUAGGUUUACUCCAAGUGCUUUAACCCGAUGGCAAAUAAAUGAAAACACCUGGAAAAGGACCUCGGACUUUGGAAAGAUGGAGUUCGAAGAGUUUGAGGUUCUUGAAGAUAGUCUUAAUGGAGUGGAUAAUUAAACUUUUUUUCUCUGAAGACAUUCACCAUAUACCUGUGGAAUGCAACGAGCAAACUUAGCUUUAAUGAAUCUAACUGUCGAUGCAACGAAGAGUUCUUUUUGAAACUCUUGUUUGCGUUGCACAACUUAUUAUCGAUCUUUUAACGUCUUAACACGCUUGUAUACGCGAAAUAUAUAAGUAUUAUACGCAAUUUAUAGAAGUUUUCCUUUUAUUAACUUAUAUUUUUUUGUUUGCAUAAAAUGUAAAAAUAUCAAAUUUUCAUUUAAAGUUAGAAAGAUAGCUUUAGAAGUUACAUAUUUAUAAUAUUGAGAAAAAAUCAUUUUAUAAUAUUAUGUUGUUCAAUAAAAACUU